GAGGGGCUCCCCUCCCUCGCUGCACAUUCCUCCCCGCCCAUCUGGAACGCCCGCGGGUUCACCGGCAACAGUUCGGAACCGCCGGCUUCGGUGAGGUCCGCGGCGCCGCCGGCCAGGCCGGAGCAGUGUGCGACCCCAGCGCCCGCACUCCCGCCCUCGCCGGGGACCUGCUGAGCCGCUGCGGCUGCUGGGGACGCCGGGAGUCCAGGCUGCAGACAGAGCGGAUGGCCGAGGAAUAAUGCAAACAGAGAAAAGCAACCAGAGUUCCACCUCUAAAAACAGGCCCAGUUCAUUCCUGUAUAAGAUUAAGCGAGAUGUGUACAAUGAAGUGAAUUUUCAGCAAGAACACAAAAAAAAGCUCCUCCCCUCAGAGACCGGGAACAACACCAUCACCACCUUCAGACACCAAGUCCUGUGCCGCUGCUCCUGGCACAAGUUCCUAAGAUGCAUGCUUACCAUCUUUCCCUUCCUGGAGUGGAUGUGUUUAUACCGAUUCAAGGAUUGGCUUUUUGGAGAUUUACUUGCUGGCAUAAGUGUUGGCAUCGUGCAAGCUCCCCAAGGUCUGGUACUUAGUUUGCUGACGAGGCAACUGAUUCCGCCUCUGAAUGUCGCUUAUUCGGCUUUCUGCUCUUCCGUAGUGUAUGUAAUUUUUGGAUCAUGCCAUCAAAUGUCCAUUGGCCCCUUCUUCCUCGUGAGCGCCCUGUUGAUCAACGUCUUGAGGGAGAGACCGUUCAACAGCGGCCACUUGAUCCUGGGAAGCUUCAUCAAGGAUGACUUUACUGUCCCUUCCUACAUUGACAGCUAUAACAAGUCCUUGAGUGUGGUAGCAACCACAACUUUUCUGACUGGGAUGAUUCAGCUCUCCAUGGGUGUAUUAGGCAUCGGCUUCAUGGCCAUGUACCUUCCGGAGGCUGUGGUCAACGCUUACCUGGCCGCCGCAGCUCUGCACAUCGUGCUGUCCCAGCUGACUUUUGUCCUCGGGGUGAUGAUCACUUUCCACGCCGGUCCUAUUGCCUUCUUCUAUAACAUCCUUAACUACUGUGUGGCUCUCCCAAAAGCUAAUUCCACCAGCAUCCUACUUUUUCUAACCGCUGUUGUUGCUCUGAGAAUCAACAAAUGUAUCCGAAUUUCCUUCAAUCAUUAUCCCAUUGAAUUUCCCAUGGAACUAUUUCUGAUUCUCGGCUUCACUGCGUUUGCAAACAAGAUACACAUGGCCACAGAAGGCAGCGAGACAUUCAUCGAGAUGAUCCCUUUCAGGAUUUAAUAGCCAUUGGCCUCUGCAAUGUCGUCAGCUCCUUUUUCAACUCUUAUGUGUUCACUGGUGCCAUUGCCAGGACGAUCAUCCAAGACAAAUCUGGAGGAAGACAACAGUUUGCAUCUCUGAUAGGCGCAGGUGUGAUGCUGCUCCUGGUAGUGAAGGUGGAAAGCUUUUUCUACAAGCUGCCUAAUGCUGUGCUGGCUGCUAUUGUUCUGAGCAAUGUCAUUCCCUACCUUCAAGUCAUUUACAACCUCCCCAGCCUGUGGAGGCAGGACCAGUACGACUGUAUCACCUGGAUGGUGACAUUUGCAACCACCAUCUUCCUGGGGCUGGACAUGGGGCUGCUGAUCUCGCUACUGUUCGCCUUCUUCAUGAUGACCGUGCGGUCACACAGAACAGAGAUUAACUGCCUGGGCCAAAUCCCCAACACCAACAUCUACAAAAGCAUCACUGACUACCACGAGUUUACAACUAUUCCUGGGGUGAAACUCUUCCAGUGCUGCAAUGCCAUUACGUUCUUAAAUGUGUACCUCCUGAAACACAGGCUGCUGCGAGAGCUCGGCAUGGUCAGUGUGCCUCUGGACGAGGAAGAGAUGUUCAUCUUGUUCAGUGAAAGCGACACCAGCCUGGGAGGGGAGAAGCUCUGCAGGUGUGCCUGCAACUGCGAGGACCUGGAACCGCCGCCCAGGGUGGCCUACACAGAGCGAUUUGGAUACAGAGCAGACCUGGAGUCACCCUCCAUCCACCUGAUCGGCUGUUCAAACGUGGAGCCCGGCAGCCCCAGCCAGAGCAUGCUGGAUGAGCCUGAUGAGGAAACGCCUGGUGCGGUGCCUUCCAGAUCUAAGAGACCUCCCGAGCAAAGCUACGAGAGCCGGAGGCAAGGCUGGCUUUCCAGCAUCUCCCUCCAGAAGAACGCGUCGUCGCUGCAGGACGCCAGUGCCACUCCCAUGAAGACACAACUGAACGUCACUCCCUCUGAGGUGACCCUUCCACCCAGGACCCACACCAUCAUCCUGGAUUUGUCCAUGGUGCACUAUGUGGAUUAUCAGGGCUUGGUCGUGUUAAGACAGAUCUGCAAUGCUUUCCAAAAUGCCAACAUUUUGGUGCUCUUCACCGGCUGUCACUCCUCUGUGAUCAACGCAUUUGAGAAGAAUGAUUUCUUCGACGAGGGCAUCUCCAAGGCCCACCUGUUCCUCACCCUCCACGACGCCGUGCUGUUUGCCACGUCCAGGACCUUGGCAGACAACACUGAGCUAAGCAUGGAUGAGAGUGAGACGGUGAUCCAGGAAACCUACUCAGAGUCAGACAAGGAUGACAACACCAGAUACGAACCGACUUAUGGUUUUCUAGAAAGUUCCAGAAACGUAAGUUCCAAAUUCCCCAAACAGCGCAAUCCAGAAGAAGAGUCCCUGGGGUUUGACUUGGACAUGGACGACACUGGGGGGUCAGAAGAGCCGAAUGAGAUGGGUCUCAACAUCAACCUGGACCAGGUCCUAGACAAUGAGUCGGAGCUGGAGCCCGAGACUGAGCCGGAGCCCGAGACGGAGCAUGAGACGGAGACUGACCUGGAGCUGGAAAGGCAGCCGAAGCACAAAGCCAUGUCGAAGGUGUCCACACGCCAUCAGCAGCACUACCGGCCCGUGUAUCACCCUCAGCCUCCCAGCGCCCGGCUCCAGCCCCAGCUUUCGCCUCGGACGCGAUCAGUGGACAGGAGAUAGAAAUACCUGCAUUCAAGCUCAUCUGAGGCCAACGAGAGUCGCAAAGAGGGUCGGAGAACCUGGCAAAUCCUCCCCACCCGAAAGGGGUUGCUUGUUCCUAAGGCCCUCACCGGACACAAACUAGCAGCGCUUGCUUUGUGACUCGUGCACCUGCUGGCAUUCUCCUAACGUGGCAGUGGGGUCCUAGGCCGCACUGCCAAAUACCAAUGAUGACCUGUGCAUUCCUCCCCAGCCCCCCCCCCCCCGCACCCCACCUUCAGCCGAUAUUGCAGUGAAGGAUUUCCUUCUAAAUAUGCCUCGAACUCUGGGGUUUGUCCCAUCUCUCAUUUCUGUUUCCCUUGCUCCAGAGAGAAGAGGCUCAAAUAAAACAUAACUAAUUACCUUUGGA